AUCCAGGAAAUAAAUCAGUUAUUUCCUGCGUAACAGAUGAUAUAACAAGAGGGUUUUCCCAUGGGAAACCCUUGUUAUACCCUGCUACACAGGGAAUAACUAUCACUUAUAAUGGUUGGAAUAGUGGUUUGUUUGGUAAUGACAGUGGUUGA